GCGUGAAGCGCGCGCUGCGGCGGUCGGUCGGCGUGUUUGAUGUUGCGUUGUGACAUCAUGGUGAACCUCUGCUGUCUUUGCUGCGGUGACAUCCCGGAGCCCCGCCCCCCGCCGGGUCCGACCCGCCCCUUGCUCGUGCAGCAGCAGCAGCCCGCCACCUCUGGACAACCGGGGCGCCGAGGAGGAGGAGCAAACGGAGGGAGAGCCACCAACACCGAGCCAGGGAGGACCGAGGAGCGGUAACUGCCAUGCACAAAGUGCGGCAUGUCCUCCUCAGACUCUGCGGAAGACACUUCGGCUCCUCAAGAUGCUGAGGGAGAGGAGCAAGAGGAGGAGGAGGAGGAGGAGGAAGGUUCGCCAGCUGACACUGACGUCCUGGAGGAGGAGCGUCCGGUGAAGCAGUCCCUCUGCGCCUGCGUCUGCCGCGAGUCCCAUUGGCGCUGCCUACUUCUCUCCCUGCUCAUGUACAGCUGCCUGGGUGCUGUAGCCUGGUGCCAACUCACACAAGUCACCAAGAUCAGCUUUAACUCGGCUCUCGCCUCCUCCUUCACGGCCUCCAUAACCUCCUCCUUCCGGGGGGGCCCUGGGAUGGGAAUUGGGGGUCACUCGAUGAUCUAUCACGACAGUCCCUGCUCUGACGGCUACCUCUACAUCCCUCUGGCCUUCCUGCUGAUGCUCUAUGUGCUGUACAUGGUGGAGUGCUGGCAGUGCAGAACCCGGAGCGAGCUGCAGUGCAAAGCGGCCGUGGACAGCGUGUACGAGCGCGUGCUGCUGAUGCGGCAGGCCAGACCUUGUAUAUGGUGGAAGGCUAUCAGCUACCAUUUUGUUCGACGAACGAGGCAAGUCACCCGCUAUCGGAACGGGGACGCCUACACCACCACUCAGGUGUACCACGAGAGGGUCAACACGCACGUGGCUGAGGGCGAGUUUGACUACAGCCACUGCGGGAUGAAGGACGUAUCACGAGACCUCAAAGGCUUGGAGAGACAUCCGGUGACUCGCUUGCGUUUUACCAAAUGUUUCAGCUUCACAGAGGCAGGCCCGGAAAACGACUACCUCAACCAGCGAGCCAGAUUCUUUUCUGAAAUCGAGGGUUUGGACGAUUACAUGGAGGCCAGGGAGGGGAUGCUGCUGAAGAAUGUGGACUUCAGAGAAAACCUGAUAGCCUACAUAGACCCAGAUACGACACCUUGGUAUAUGUCCCAGGUAGCCUUCUGGUUGGCGGCUCUGCUCAUGCUGUCGUGGCCUCUAAGGGUGCUGACGGAGUACCACACUGCAUAUGUGCACUACCGCAUCGAGAAACUGUUUGGCCUGGAGUACAGCCACAGACACGCUUCUCCACAAGAGGAAGAGAUGCCCGCGAGGAAUAACAAUGGUUGUAUAAUUCCAAGGGUAGACACUUUGGAUAGCACGGAGAUGGAGUGGCAUAUACGCUGUAACCGCCAAAUAAUCCCCAGUUACUCGGAGGCGAUGCUUAUAAACCUGAGCACUGCAGACUCAAACUCUUUACAAGGUACAGAAUGCACCAUGUCUUCAAGCUGCUUCCUUUUAGAAAGCAGCCAAACUGCUCAGAGUUACGGAACCCUGGACACCCAGGACAGCUGCGAGCGAAGCGUCGAGUGGCAGAAUGGACAAUUAGGUGGCACAGGGAGGCGGAGGACCAUCACCAGCUCCAGCUGCUCCUCCAUUUUCUCCUGCCACGGAGCACUGUUCCACUCCCACCUCUCCUCGGACACGUCUCGCUUCUCUCUCUGCCGCAUGUACGGCUCCCGCCGCACAGUGGCUUUGUGGCGGAGCCACAGCAGCAACUUAACCGACCACUGCUGCAUGGAUGAGCAGUGCUGCAGGUCCGAUUCCAGCCAGCUGGCACUCAGUGACAGUCCACCUACUUACCGGGACGCCCGCUUCUUCCCGGUUCUUAUUGUGCAUCCGUCCGAGAGCUGCAGCAAUGAGGAUGGAAGGGAGGGGCAGAGGUGCUGCACACGGAGAGACUCCUCCAGUUUGGAGACUGUUCUAUGAAGAUCAAAGAGGGUGAUUGAUAAGUCAAAGCUGAUUAGAGAUGAGGAAAAUUUCAUAUUAAAACGUAACGGGCACUCAAAGGUCAAAUACCUUCACCAAGACACCAAGAUGGU